UGCAUGUAUAUAUAACAAAUUAUCUCUAUAAAUAUAAGAGUGUUCCAUUUUGAAAAAUUUAAAAACAAGAAAGGCAUCAAAUCGAGAGGGCGGUGGAGCUGGGAGAAAAAUGUCUCCAGUGGGAUUGCCUCCAGGUUUCAGAUUUCAUCCGACUGAUGAAGAGCUUGUGAAUUACUAUCUUAAGCGGAAAAUCCAUGGGCUGGAGAUCGAGCUCGACAUAAUUCCAGAGGUCGAUCUCUAUAAAUGUGAGCCAUGGGAUUUAGCAGAGAAAUCAUUUUUGCCUAGUAGGGACCCAGAAUGGUACUUUUUCGGACCCAGGGACAGAAAAUAUCCAAAUGGAUUCAGAACAAAUAGAGCAACCCGAGCAGGAUACUGGAAAUCCACGGGCAAAGACAGAAAGGUUUCCUCCCAGAAUUAUCCCAUCGGAAUGAAGAAGACAUUGGUUUACUACAGAGGUAGGGCUCCUCAGGGUAUCAGAACUGACUGGGUAAUGCAUGAGUAUCGCCUCGACGACAAGGAGUGUGAUGACAGUACCUCCGGAAUUCAGGACUCAUAUGCAUUGUGUCGUGUCUUCAAGAAAAAUGGUAUAUGCGGAUCAGAACUGGAAGAUCAAGGCCAACUAAACAUGGUACUGACAGAAGAAAUUCCGCAGGGCAUCCUGACAGAGUACGAAACAGGGUCACCCUCGAACAUUCUUCCCUCAGCGCCGAGUGCAUGCAUUGAAGACGAAGAUAAAGAUGAUUCAUGGAUGCAGUUCAUCAAAGAUGAUGCAUGGUGUUCUUUCAACACUCCCAUCCUGGGAGAAGAGACUUCACAGGUUACAGACGCUAAUUAACUAAAUAACCAAUUUGUUUAAGUAUGGGCUGUUGAUAUGUGAUUUGGUAUAACAUCAUCAAUAAACACCCUCAUGCAAAAGCGCAUAAAAACAUGAAAAACAAUUUUAAACUUGUGUCUGCUUUGUAUACUUGAAUUCUCUUUGUGCCUAGUUUCUUUGUGCAUUGUGGAUAGGGUGUUCCUGGAUUGUAAAGCUUUUUUAACUCUUUAAUGGAUUUACAUUGGUGUAA